CCCUCUCCCUUCCCUGACCCUACCACAGCCCCUCAUUUGCUCAUCAAAACACGCAAAGCUUUCUCGGGAAACCGUACUUCAUCGGUUCAUCCUUUAGUAAUGGCACCGAGGGAGAAAUCGGCCGUCACCGCCGCUGUUAAAGUUAACGGAAUUGCGAAGGAGGUGCAUUUCAGGGGUGUGAGGAAGAGGCCGUGGGGGAGAUACGCGGCGGAGAUUAGGGAUCCAGGCAAGAAGAGCCGUGUUUGGCUCGGAACUUUUGAUACGGCGGAGGAAGCUGCUCGUGCUUAUGACGCCGCAGCACGCGAGUUUCGCGGAGCCAAAGCUAAAACUAACUUCCCUUUUGCCAGUGAGAAUGUUGACAACUUCAAUCACAACAGGAAUAACAAUAAGAUUAUUAAUAGCAAUAACCAGAGCCCGAGCCAGAGCAGUACCGUGGAGUCCUCUAGUCGGGAGGCGGCUCCCAUGAUCGAAUCAUCACCGUUGGAUCUCAAACUCGGUGGGGCUGGAUUUGGCUCCGCUGUUAGAUUCCCUUUUCAGCAGGUGCCGGCGAUGGCCGGAGUUUUUGUCGGCAACGUUCCCAAUCCGAACGUGUUGUAUUUCGAUUCGGUUAUGGGAGCCGGACAUCGUCUGCCUACUCAGCAACAUGCACAGCUCAGAUUUGAUCAGCAUAACCAUCGUGAUUUCAACGCCGUGCUUUCUGGUAUGGCCCAGAGCGAUUCCGAUUCAUCGUCCGUUAUUGAUUUCGGUCAUCGUGAUCUCAUCAACAAGCCAGCGAGAGUUCUAGGUCUCGAUCUGAACCUCCCUCCCCCGCCUGAAAUCGCCUGAUUUUCCCUGAGAUUUUGCGUCGCAAGAUCGCAACCGUAGAUUCAUCGGGUUUUUUUUUUAACGUUAUUUCAGAUUUUCAUCUACUCUUCUUAAUUAUUUACUCCGAUUUCCUUCUGGUUUAAGUCUUUAAGAUGGGCUUCGUAAGGGAAAAAAAGAAAAAGAAAGAAAAGACAAAAGAAUAUAACGGUGAGAAGUUUUGGAGAGCGUGACUGUGAUCCGAUGAUAUGUUUAACGAUCACUGAUCAGCUCUUGUUGUGUAUAGGUAACUAGAUCCCCUUUUUUGCAACAGAUCGAGGAACCAGCGUUUCUCAUUGUUGUUCAUAACUAGCUACUUUCUGUAUCUCUUCUGAUUCACUGAAUGAAUUUAACAAAAGAUUAUUAUCAUA